AUGGCAGAUGACAUCGCCUACAAAACAAGAUGGCCGACAUAUCUCAAAGUAGAACAUAAGGCAGUGGCAGAUCCUGAGGGGGAAGUAGCCAGAUCAUCCAGAGUGGGAGGCCGUAGCGGAGGGGGAAUUAUGUUUUAUCCUUGUCCGUCUAAGUCGUCAGAAAGUGUAGAUAAGAGAGAAAGUUUGAGACAAUCAAAGAAAGAGAAAAAAAGAAGAAGAACAGGAAAUGUAAGACAAUCGAAGAGCAGGAAAAAAGAACAAGAACAGGUGAAGUUGACUAUCAAGUUAAACAUGUUAAAUACUUUAACCGAGACUCUUGUCGAUAAAGAAUCAACCAAAAAGGCUGUAUGCCGAAAAAUGAAAGUGAUAUCUGCCCCAAAAAAGAGUGACAUUGAAAAAACUAAGAUGACAAGAGCUAACCACAUUCAACAUCUUGGUAGUGGGACCAGAGAUUACCAAAUUAAACAUCUAAGAAGGAUUAUGGCAUCUAGUAAUCCAAUACCAUGUGGACCUUGUCAAGAAAUAAAAAGGAAGACUAAAGCUGACAUCUGGUGUUAUAACUGUGACGAAGGGUUAUGCUUGAAAUGUUCUGGUCUUCACAAAAAAUCAAAAGGAAAACGUCAUCAUAAGACAAUUAACAUAAAAAAUUAUAAACCAUCAAUCCAUCCAACUGAAUGUGGUAAGCAUCAACUACAGCUGAAAUUGUACUGUCCUGAUCAUUUAAUGCCAUGUUGCGAUAAAUGUAUUUCAACUAGUCAUUCAAGAUGUACAGGAAUUGAGAGCUUAACUAGUGUUGUGGAGAAAACAAAGUUUGAAAAAUCGAAAAAAUCUGUAGAGAAAGUAAUCACAAAUGUCUUACAUUUUAUAGAUGAAAUGGUAAAUAACAAAUCAAAAAAUAUACAAACUGGAAAACAAGAAUGUGAAGGUAUAAAACAAUCAAUCCUUAAGAUUAGAGAGAAAAUUAAUAAACAUCUCGAUCAACUCGAGACAAAUUUAUGUCUAGAAAUAGAUACAAUUUGGGUUCAGCAAAAAACAAAAGCUUUAGAUUUUAUAACGGAAUUUGAACGACAAAAAAAAGAGUUAAAAACAAUGUCAGAAAACUUAGAUACUGUCAUAGCACAUGACUCGAAUCUCCAAUCAUUUCUAGGUGUACAUAAGAUUGAACAACGAGUACACGAAUGUCAACGAUAUGUUGAGGAUUUGGAUAAAGAUGAUAAAUCAAAAGAUUUUAUGAUCAAAAUGAAACAAAAUGGUGAAAUUGAAAAGUUACUAAGCAAUUUAGAAUCUGUCAAAUCCUUAGGUGAAAUAAUAGUUGAGAAAACAGAAGUAACAAUGACCAGAGAAACAACUGUCAGCAAAGAUGCACAAGUACAUUCGCGAGAAAAAUGCAACAUAAACAACAUGACAAUGAAUAUAGAGGCAGAGGAAGAGAUCUACUUUGGCAAUAAUGUAAAUGACAUGAUUUGUCUGAUGGAUGGAAGAUUUCUAAUAAUGGGAAUUAGUUUCCAUUAUCUUCUGACUUCGGAUCGAAAACAUUUUAAAACGUUACCUAUAUCUGAAAGAUCAUGGGCUGUUACACAGAUCAAUCAGGAUAUUAUUGCCAUAACUUAUCCUGAUGAGAAAGCCAUUAAGAUCUUCAAUAUGGAGACUGAAAAAGUUACCAAAGUUAUCACUUUGAUCACAUCUGGCUACGGUAUAUCAUUCUCUAACAAUUCUCUGGCUGUAGCUUUGGAUAAUAAUGAAAUCCAUAUCAUAGACUUGGAAGGCAAUACCAUAAAAUCAAUAAAAGUUCAGAGCAAAUACGAAAUCUUUCACCUUGUUUACUGCAAUGACAGAGUUGUUUAUAGUGACAGUGAAGAAAAGGCCGUAUACUGCUUCAAUGUAUCAGGUAAACAGAUCUGGCAAUAUAAACAGGAUUUAUUAGGACCGCAUGGACUUUGCACAGAUUCUUAUGGUAACGUGAUUGUAGCAGACUAUGAGUCUGAUAGAAUAAUAGUAAUAUCAAGAGAUGGACAGGAUAGCAAAGUACUGUUUAAAUCAUCUGACGAAAGACAGACCUUUGCCUAUCAGCAUAUUUGUUUCAAACAUAAUGAAUCUUCAGGUUUUGUUUGUGGCCCAUGUGCUAGAUACUUGACAAAAUUUAAUUUAUCUUAUGAAUGA